AUGAUGUCCGCAGAAAAUCAAGAUGAUCCGACAACAGCAGAUAAUCAAUUGAAACAAUGUCGAAUAUGUUUGGAUACUGAUAAUCCUAAUGAUAUAAUUAGUCCGUGCUUAUGUAGUGGUGGUUCAGCUUAUGUUCAUAGGAAAUGUUUAAAUGAUUGGCGAUCAGAAAAUGCAAGUGGAAAAAGUUUUAAAUUUUGUGACGUGUGUCAAUUUGAAUAUGUCAUCGAAUCUGUUCUAAGUGAUCCGAAGGCUGAAAGGGAAAGACUACUGAAGUACUAUGUCUUUGUUAUUCGUGAUUCAACAGCACUUCUUUUAUUGGUUCAAUUUGUUAUUUUUUGCGUUGGAUUUUUAUUACAAAUUAUUGAUAAGGAGAAUGGAAAUAUUAAAAACCUAUUUCCAGAUUCAAUUCAAGGAUUUACAGUCUAUUACUUGAGUGCUAUUAUAAUAUUAUUAGCCAUUGUGGGUCUUAUUACUUUAAUUAUCUGUUUUUUUGCUGUGUUCAGUUCGAAUGGUCGCAAUGACAAUUGCGAUAUGAAGGGACUCUGUAGCAGUUUUAUAGGUUUUGUACUGGUAUGUGCUUUGAUUGGCCUGUUCGUUGGAAUAGUUGCUAGUGUGCUUAUUCUCAAAAAAAUAAUGAAACAUCAUGCAAGCAAAUUAUGGUUACGACAAGAAGCAGAUAGAUAUGUAGUCAAAGAUUUUCAAGAUCGAAGAGAAGAAUUGGAACAAUAUAAAAAAAGUCCUUGA